AUGGCCUCUCUUUUAUCUUUUGCUGGUUGGGCAUUUCUACCAAAUUAUGCGACUUCCAUAGUUCAGAAUAUUUACUAUGGGAUUACCAUUCGUGCAGGUGAACCUCGACCCCAACCCCCCUCUCCGCGCUAUACCCGACAUCGCCGUCGCAUCUUUAUUCUAGUCGUGACAAGCUAUCUCCUUUACACGCUCUAUGAGACAUUUCAUCGGGUUCAGGCUACCGGGGACUUUUACAAAGCCCUUGGGGUCUCUCCAUUUGCCGAUGAUAGGACGAUCAAAUCGCGAUUCCGGCGCCUUGCUGCGCAGCAUCAUCCAGACAAGAUCAAUCAAGGGGAUGGCAUGCCUUCCGACGACUACUUUGUAUAUUUGAAGCUGGCGCAAGAUACCUUACUGGACCCUGCGAAGCGGUUUGCAUAUGAUAGAUUUGGACCUGAUAUUCUUGGCUGGGGAAAUGUCAAGACCGUGCAAGAUUUUCUGUUCACGGGGUUGCAGCGGUCGAUACCGCAGUAUGUGGGAGGAUUCGUGACCAUUAUCAUUUUGAACUUUACCUGGUGGUCCAACUGGGGUCGCUAUUGGCGCUUUUUUACUUUUGCUGCUUUGAUCACUCUUGAACUAGCUUUGAUCACGCAGCCCAGAGCAUUGUUCUUCCCUGCAUCCUAUAUCCCUAUCUUGACCCUUGCACAACGUGCCUCCGUAAUGCUGCAUAUCUUUAUUUCGCAGGUGACACCGCCAGAGGUCAGCAAAGGGUCGUCUUCCACAGUGGGUGAGCGUAUCCACCCACAAACCAUGCAGCGCCUCGCGCAAUUAGCUCAGCUCUCCCGAGCUACAGACGGUGAGUCGACGCGGUUGUUGCAGCUGGGAUUCGCGCCAUUCAAAGGGGAUCGGGAGAGCGUUGCCACGCUGCGCAAGGGCAUGAAGGAGGGGUUGGUCCUGAGCAGUGUACGGGCUAGUUCGGGGGUGCAGCAAGCUGUUGGGGAGGUGAUUGAACGGAAAAGGCAAGAAAAGAAGGCCGAUUAA